ACUGAUGUUGAGGAAGAGGAGACAGAGAAAAGCAAGAGUGAAACAGAGACUCAGAUUAAACAAGCUCCAGAGGUGGAACCUCUAACCUCAUCAGAUCUUCAUAUGGACAGUGAUACUGAUGUCGAGGAGAAUGAUGCCACCCAUAAUGCUGAACCUCCCAAAGUUGUAGCAGUUUCAGAAAGCCCUCUAUCUGCUCAUGCGGAAAUACACUUGGACAGCGACACUGAUGUAGAAGAUGACAAUCCCAUGGAUGUUCCCACAGCCACAGAGGUUUCACAUCCAGCCGUAAAGGAUAGUGACAUCAGACUUGCCUCAAACCCAGGGGCAAAGUGCUGCAUGGACAGUGACACAGAUGUAGAUGAAGAAGAAAAUGAGGAUCCUUUCAAGUCUUUACCAGGCAAGGUUGCAGAGAAUCAAAAGGUUUCUACAGGCAGCAAAGUAGAGCAACCAGAAAAAAGCACCCAUAAACAAACCCAUCCUUUCCAAGCACAUACUCAUCAUGAGGAACCCACCCUAGCUUUUGACAACUUAGACGACUGGGACCUACAGCCCACACAGGCAUACGGGGGUACUGGAGCCAAUGCUGGUAUCAAGCCAAAGGAAGUGGAUCUUGAGGCUACACAGGCAUACGGAGCAGAUACAGGCAGAGAGGACGAAGAGGAGCCUCUCAGUCGUAGUGAAGUUCACUCAAACCUUUCCACUGCUGAAACACAGCUCAUCCCUACAGCAAAGAGUAAUGAUGAAGAUUAUGAUGAAGAGAUGCCAGAUGACUUUAACCUCUCCACAGCAGACACUCUGAUCCUCGCCAGCACCCCAAGACGAGACGAGCAGACGCAACAUUUCGCUCUCUUCACUGCCCCAACGCAACUCAUUUGGGAGGGAGAAGAGAAAGAGGUGGAUCAGAGUGAGCCGGUCCAGUUGGUGGAGGCUGAUACCAUCGAUGAAACACAAGAUUGUGAGAAGGAGAAUAUUAAUUGGGGUAGAAAGAGGAGCCAUGUUGGGGGAAGGAUGCAAAAAUAUAAAACCAACUCCACCUCUCAACUCAUCAUUGCUGAAACACAACCGAUGUGUGAGGAUGAAUAUGCUUCAAAUGAAGGUCAAAACAGUGCGACCACUAGCAAGCAUACAGGUGAAGAUGAACACAAACAUCUUAGAGAAGAACCCUCUAGUUCCCAUGUCACAAUUGCUGAAACACAACCUAUGUUUGAGGAAGAUGAAACACUAAAUACGGAUCUGAAGGAUCGGGUCAACUCUAGGAGACCGCAGGGAGAAGAAAAUGAAUCUACACAGGUUAAUAAAAGCUCGGCUUCCCAUCUUGUCUUUGCUGAAACGCAGCCAAUGUGUGAGGGUGAAGGGACAUCUGAUGAAGGUCUUAACAGUGCUGUCAGCAGCAGAAACACACAUGAUGAACCCAAAAAUAUUAGAGAAGAACCGUCUAGCUCUCAUGUCACCAUUGCUGAAACACAACCUAUGUUUGAGGAAGAGCUAAAGAUUGAGGUAAACUCUGGGAAACUAGACACAAGACAGGCAAAAGAACAUGAAUCAACACAGCUCACUGAUAAAAUUUCCAGUUCCACAAAUCUAGAUGAAAAUAAACCUGUGGAGCAUCCUGAAACCCCCUCCCCGCCUGCCAUUACUGUCACUGAAACACAGCCUAUGUGUGAGGAACAAGAGACACCACAGGAAGAUCAGAAUAAUGCAGGUCCAGACAGAUCUAACCAACUCCAAAAAACACAGCCUGUGCAUGAGGAAGAUGAAGGACAGGACAAAGAGCUCAGUAGUAAGAUAUCUAGCAGAAGAUCACGCAGAGGAAGACCAAAAAAACAAGAGGAGGUCUCACAGCCUGCUGAGGGUGUUGUCCAUCACACUAUUUCAGAAUCUCAACCAAUUUGCGAGGAAGAAAAUAAAAACGAUGAAGAUCUGAACGUCGGAAUGAAAUCCAGAAGGAAUCGCAGGGGGAGACCAAGUAAAAAGGACGACGUUCCACAACCUGCUGAGUCUGAGGAAAAAACUGAGGAGGAAGAUGUGAACAGUGGCAUCAGAUCUAAGAGAUCCCGCAGAGGAAGACAAACAGAUGAAGCUGAACCUGCAGAGUCCCAUGAACCAAAUUCUGAUCUCAACGUUGUCGAAGAAGACCCUGCAAAUGCAGGGAGCUCAUGUCAGACGAGAAAAACUGGUGGCAGAAAACAAAGAAAAGAGAAGACAGAUCAGGAAAAUGAGUCGGGUACGUCUUCUAAAGGCCCAGGAAGAGCUAGGAAAGGGCAGGAGGGGAAAAGAAAUAGGAGAAGAGCAUUAUCUGAGGAAGAGGAGGAAAGUGAAGAAGAAAAAACAAGAAGGAGGGGAACAAGAAGGACUGGAAUGAAACAGAAAUGUACGGAAAAGGUAGGAGAGGAAGAAUUGGUGGAGAACAUCGAGAACAAUGUCCAAGAGGAGAAAGAGAAACUUGAAAAAGAGCUGCAAGAACAGGAGGCGAGAGCGAGAUUAGAAAGAGAGGAACAAGAGAGAUUGGAAUGUGAAAGAAGGGAAAAUGAAGAACGUGAAGAGAGAGAAAGGCAAAAGCUCGAACGAGAGCAGAAGGAAUUAGAAGAGAAAGAACGAAUGAAAAGGGAAGAAGAGGAAAAGCAGAAAGAAGAAAAUGAGAGAAUGGACCAAUUAAAGAGGGAAAAAGAUCGGUUGGAAAAAGAGUUGAAAGAAAAAUUAGAGAGACAACGGCUUGAAAAGGAAGAGGAGGAAAGAAUCCAGAGAGAGAAGAUGAAGAAAGAGCUAAAAGAGAAGGAGCAUUUACAAAGACUAGAGGUGGAGAGAGAACAAUUAGAGAAGGAGAGACAAGAAAAUGAGAUGCUUGAGAUGGCAGCACAAGCACAACUGAAAAGCGAACAAAAAGACACAAACCAACAGGAAGAACAAAAGAAUGAGACGCUGGAGGAGAAAAACACAGAGCUAAACGCUUUUGUAGUUUCUCCCAAUGAUGAUGUCCCUGUCAGACGAUCACGCCGCCAUUCUAACUCCUCUGUGAACUCGGAACAAUCAGUAUCAUCACAACAGGAGCAGUCCAGUCAGAGAGGCAGAGGGAGGGGCAGGGGGCGGGGCCAAGGGAGACCGACAACUACCGAACAGCCAGUUGGUGGCAGACAAAGCGGCAGGAGAAAAACCAUCCCAGGGCCUGCUGAUGAUGUUGAAAAAACAGAGCAGGGGUCCAUAACUCCUUCCCGAUCUCGCUCUAGUUCUAGAAGUGCUGACAGAUCAUCUAAUAGCAUUGGAACUCAAAAUCAAGUGACGAGAGGUAGAGGAAGAGGCAGGAAGAGCGUGAAAUUACCAGAACCAGAGGAGGAAGUUU